AUGGAGCGGCUGAAAUCGAAGCGGACGUCGAGACGAUCUCUCAACACAAGAAUUAUCAACGAGGCAAGAGCUCUUCUCAGCGAUGCUACAGCCACCGUAGAUCAGCUGAACGCCAUUUACGGACGUCUCAAGGCGAACAACGAUGAGCUGAACCAAAUCAACCAGGAGCUAGAGAGCCACAUAGCGGAUGAAGAAUUUGAGCAAGAGUACAACACCGUCGUUGAAUACGAGGACAACGCUACCAGCGUCAUGAGUGAGCUGCUUAGCAAGCGCGACCGUAUGGUUGCGGCCAUCUCAUCAACACCGGAGCUUCAGACUUCGUCAGUAGCCAGUACCGCUGGAGCCUCUGGUACCAAGCUACCCAAGCUUACCAUCGCCCCAUUUGCUGGUGAUCUGUGUCGGUGGAACGACUUCUGGGAACAAUUUGACCAGAUGAUUCACCGGAACGGAAGCCUCACUGCGACGGACAAGUUCAACUACCUGAGGUUUUUCCUAAGAGGCGACGCAGCUUCAGCUAUUGUGGGCCUGCCAACCACGGAAGCUUGCUACAAGGACGCCAUCGACAUACUCAAGAGACGCUUCGGAGACAAAACGAGGCUCGAACAGGAGUACUUCUCCAGGCUUCGUACGUUGCCUUCAGUCCGUUCAAGCGACUUGACAGCUCUUCGCAAGCUGUACGACCAGGUCGUCAUCAACAUCCGAGGACUGGAGACCCUUGGGCGCUCCAUGGUGGGGCGGAUGGUGGGAGCGUCUAGUCCGGACGAUAAAGCUUCCACUGAGAAGGUUCUCGGCAAAGCUCGACUCAACUUUGAAGAGCUGACCACUGUGCUCACGGAAGUAGAGGCGGUCGUGAACUCGAGGCCUCUCACAUUCAUUGAGUCGGACAGCGCGGAACCUCGUGCAUUAACCCCAGCAGACCUCAUCAUUGGGCGGAGACUAACGACGCUACCACAGGGCAGCAACGACAUGCCAAUGGACCUGACGCGCAAGGAAGCGCAGCUCAACUGCUUCUCGGCUACUGUCUACCAUGCUUACCACACUUUCCAUGCUUUCACCACCUUGACUGGCACGGCCAGCCCGAUUGUGCAGUGA